AUGGCUGACAUCGAGACUAUGGAAGCUGUUCACGAAAUUAUUAAGACAUCUUUUGAUACCAGUAGAGAGUUUGUGGCAGGAUUCAGUGAGGAUGAUAACAUCAAUCUGUUAAAUGUACGGAAGCAAAAGUUGGUUGAGCGAUCACAUGAGUGGGAAACGAAUUAUAUUGAGCUGAGUAGGUUGAAGCCAGGGGAGUACACUAAGGUAUUUUUAGAAUUUUCUGAAUUAUAUUUUACUUUGAUGGCUGAUGUUCAGACUUUGAUUGAAAGUAGGGAUAUUCCUAAGAAUUCGAUUAGGGUCUCUAAUAGUUCAGUUGAUGUUAAUUUGCCUGACAUAGUGUUGCCCACAUUUAGUGGUAAAUUUAGUGAGUGGACAGCGUUUAUUGACCUGUACAACUCAUUGAUUCACACAAAUGCUAAAUUGUCUGACGUGCAGAAGUUGCAUUAUUUAAAGGGUGCUCUCACAGGUUCAGCUUCCAAUAUUAUUUCGUGUUUAAAAUUAUCUAAUGAAAAUUACACUGUAGCCUAUAAUCUUAUUUUAAAAACAUAUGAUAAUAAAUUUUUAAUUAUUAACGCUCACUUAAACUCAAGCGAUAAAAUUUCCUCCAUUAGUAAAGGUUUGUUUGAAAAUUUGAGAGCAUUCUUAAAUAAUGCAAGGCAGCAAGUUCAGGCUUUGACUGCAUUAUUUGAACCAGUUAAAUAUUGGGAUGUCGUUCUUUUGUUCAUGUUGUCGAAAAAGUUGGAUAACAACACUAGAGUUGCAUGGAAUUUGUCUCAAGCGUCAGCAGAACUACCAACUUUGAAUAGUUUCUUUAAUUUUAUUGAAAUGAGGGUAGUAGAUUUAGAGAAUUCUAGUUCUGAUUAUAAAGGGCCCUCAGCUAAGACAGUCAACACAAUUGUGAAGAAGGCUUCUCAACCUUGCAUCUGUUGCAAGGGAGAGCAUGCCCUAUUCCAAUGUGCUGAUUUCAAAGCUUUGGAUGUCAAGAAGCGAAAGGAACUAGUCUCUAAUCAUUCAUUUUGUGUACGCUGUAUAGCUUUGCGACAUGGCAUUUCGAAGUGCAAAUUUUAG